AGUAGCCACAGAACCUUCUCAGUCUGGGAAAAGUGAACUUCAACCAUCUACAGACAUGAGGAAUAUUUACGCUUUUGCCCUGCUGCUCAUUGCAGUCUUUGCAAGCACCUCCAGCGGUGCUAGCGUUUCCGAUCUUCUGUGUCGCAACAAGGCCGACGGUAUUCGGGCUGUGGUGCCCGGCAGUUGCUCCAGGUUCUAUGAGUGCCACAACGGCGUUGCCAAGGAAUAUUCGUGUCCCAGGUACUACGACUUCAAGGUCCGCAGCUGCGUGUCCUAUAACCCUGGUUGCGUCGAGGGGGUUGUAACGGAGCCAGUGGCACAGCAGUCUAUCCGGGAUACCGCUGAACCGUGCAGUGGAGCCACCACCACUGCACCACCUUGCGUGAAGCCCACAACCAAGCCUCCAUGCGCUGGAGCUUCUACUACCACAACAACAUGUGCUCCAACGACCACCACUACUACUACAACGUCAACAAUCACAACCACAACAUGUGCCCCAAUAACUACGACUACUACAACCACUGAGGCUCCAACCACUACCACAACUACAACAUGUGCCCCAACAACCACUACUACUACUACCACGACAACGACCACAACGACAACCACAACCACAACUACAACCACUACAACAACCACCACGACAACAACGACAACCACAACGUGUGCCCCAACUACUACGACUACUACAACCACUGAGGCUCCAACCACUACCACAACCACAACAACAUGUGCCCCAACAACCACCACCAGUACUACCACGACAACAACCACAACGACAACCACAACCACAACUACAACCACAACCACAACCACAACCACAACCACAACGACAACAACAACGACAACCACAACAUGUGCCCCAACUACUACGACUACUACAACCACUGAGGCACCAACCACAACCACAACCACAACAACAUGUGCCCCAACAACCACUACUACUACUACCACGACAACGACCACAACCACAACGACAACCACCACCACAACUACAACCACAACAACAACCACCACAACAACAACGACCACAACAACGACAACCACAACAUGUGCCCCAACUACUACGACUUCUACAACCACAGAGGCUCCAACCACUACCACAACCACAAGAACAUGUGCCCCAACAACCACCACCAGUACUACCACAACAACAACCACAACGACAACCACAACCACAACUACAACCACAACCACAACCACAACCACAACAACAACGACAACCACAACAUGUGCCCCAACUACUACGACAACUACAACCACUGAGGCUCCAACCACUACCACAACCACAACCACAUGUGCCCCAACAACCACUUCUACUACUACUACCACGACAACGACCACAACCACAACGACAACCACAACAACGACCACAACCACAACGACAACCACAACAACCACCACAACAACUACCACAACAUGUGCCCCAACAACUACGACUACGACUACCACUGAGGCUCCAACCACUACCACAACUACAACGACAUGUGCCCCAACAACCACCACUAGUACUACCACGACAACAACGACAACCACAACAACUACCACAACAACAACGACUACAACAACAUGUGCCCCAAGAACUACGACUACUUCAACCACUGAGGCUCCAACCACUACCACAACUACAACGACAUGUGCGCCAACAACUACCUCUACUACUACCACGACAACCACCACAACGACAACCACAACGACUACCACAACCACCACCACAACCACCACUACUACUACCACGACAACAACGACGACCACAACAACAACCACUACCACAACGACAACCACAAAAUGUGCCCCAACCACUACCAAAAGUACAACGACAUGUGCCCCAGCCACUACCAAAAGUACAACGACAUGUGCCCCAACCACUACCAAAAGUACAACGACAUGUGCCCCAACAACCACCACAUCUUCUACCACGACAACUACCGAAUGCGCUGACAAAACAACUACAACCACCGAAUGCGCUGACAAAACAACAACCACCAAAUGCGCCGACGCCACAACAACUGUCUGCCCCACAGCCGCGAAGGCGUUGACUGCCACCCACUCGCUACGUAAUCCCGUCCGCCGCAAUCCUGUCCACCGCCUUCUUUGGGAAGUGGCCCAAUGGGCGGGUAUUUCUUCCGCCAGUUCCGAGGUUGCGAUCAAGGUUUCCUGCUCCGGCAAACCCGAUGGAUUCCUGAUGGCAUCUCCCGAGCGGUGCAACGACUACUACAUCUGUCGCCACCAGCGCGCCCUGAAGGUCAGCUGUGGUGAUAGAUACUUCAACGGACAGAAGGGCAUCUGUGAUCUCCCCGAAAACACCAGCUGUGUUCAGUCCUAAGUGAUAACUUGCCCAAGUUCUGAUGCCAACAUUAUCAUGGAAAUGUGACAACCAAAUAUGGAUCGAAACAUUUAAUAAUUGUAGAAGCACUAUUUGAACAUGCACUUAAAAAAAAGCAAAAGCCUAUAGAAGGCAAAAAAAAAAUA